ACGUUAUUUUUUCAAUGUAUACUAUUCAGUGUUUACAUUACAUUAUUCUGUAGUUUCCUGUUUGUCUUAGCUCGAGAUGCCGAUUCGUCAUAUGAUCUAUGGCAUCCGACGCAACAGCCUUCUCCAUUUCCUAGGCAUUUCUCCUCCACGUGCGUUCUGAGCUUACCUACUUCCCCAUUUUGCUUCUCUGCUGUGCUGACUGCUACACACCAUCCUUGAACACCCAAAACAGCUAAGACAAAGACACAGCAACUUACAUACUUAUAGUCAUUUCUCCUUACUCUAUUAAGGCUAUAGAAUGAGCAAACUCCAAAAUCUCACUUGGAGAAAACCCAGGCGCCUAUACUUUGAAAAUUAGUCUCCUACCGGCUUUGUCACGCCAGGGCACAGGCUUUUCUUGCAGCCGUCUUUACAUUAUUAAUGGAAAGCUGAGUUUUUUUAAAAAAUAUUUUGACCCCUUUUCUCACUCUCUCUCAUAGAAGAAUGCUACUGCCUCGAGUAGAGAAAAGGCUCGUUUUUUCACUCAAAGCCUGUGACAAUAAUGACUCUCUUUCUGGCCUCAUUAUCACUUGCAUCAUUAAAAACCCUGCAACCCACAACUUGAUACAUACAUUUAUGUGCUGCAGUUUUACUUGCAGAGCGGCCUUCUUUUUGUGGGCUGUAAUUAUCUUUGUCAGCCUUUCUUAUUACUGCUCUGUCACUACCCAUAUUGUCGGGUGGCCUGAGAAGUGACUCAAGCAAUGGCUACUCGGUCGGUUUACUCUUCCUCAGUGCCUUCUCUACCGCCCCCGAGUCCCAAGUCUCCGCCCGAGUACCCGGAUUUGUAUGGGAAGCGUCGUGAGAUAGCCAAGAUUCAGACGCUUGAAAGAGAAAUUGGUUUCCUUGAGGAAGAACUAAAAUCUGUUCAAAGUCUUCAACCCGUCUCAAUAUGCUGCAAAGAGAUAAGUGACUUUGUAAUGGCCAGCUCAGAUCCAUUGACACCUACAUGUAGGACAAAACGUGAGCGAUGUCGCUUCUGGAAAUGGUUAUGCGGAUUUCCUUGCUUUAACUUGUCGUCACUGUGCUGCUGCUCCUGCGCUGGGUGCUCUGUCUACCUAGAGAUGCCUCGCUGCUGUGAUUGCAAACAAUGUAACUUCCAAUCGUGUAUAAGCUGUUGUAGCGUGCCAAAGUGUAGUUUUUUCUCUUGUCCCUCUUCCUCCUGCUGUAGGAACAUCUCGUGCCGUAGAUUGUGUUGCGUUUUAUCAUUACCAUCAAUGUCAUGCCCCAAUCGUUGCUGCUGCUGCGAAUGCAAAUGCAGCUGUAAGUGCUCUUUUCCAAAAUGUCCACAGGUACCUUCUUGUUGCCUCUGUACAAAGACCUGUUGUAAUCCCUGCUCUGCAUGUCGUUGCUUUUAGUUACCAACACUAUUCCAUGAAAGUUAUUAUGAUCUUCUACUACUAAUGUAAAUUAUUAUGAUUAUUUACAUUUUAUUAUUAAUUUUUUUUUCCAAAUUUACAAGUGGGAAUACGGUUGGUAUGACUUCUACAUUAUUUAA